AUGCAUGCGUCCAAAGUUGUGCGCCCAGCUGUAGCAGUGAAGCCUCUAGCCUUGGCUCAUGUCCAAGCGAUAACCCAGGGCAAUGCGUUUGUUCGCUCAAGACGCCAGGAAUCGGUUGUUGUGCUCAUAAUUGUGGCAAUGUUGUAUGUGGUACUCUCAGUAAGUCUGGGUAUCAACCACAGGUAACAGGAAAGAUGAUCAUGCUCGAUUACUGUUCAAAUCAAGGGGUGAUCUUGGAAGCGCAAACAACCUAUUCGACUACGCCUGAUCUAGCCGUUGGUACGUUCAACAUGUCCCAUGUGCAUUCGGAAAGCAAUGCUAAUGAUUCCGAGUGAAGGUUGAACCACCAGCCACAACGCAAAUUGAUAAUAUCCCUUCUACUUCUACUGCAGUUCCAAGCAGCUCUAGGAUUACUUCGGUAGACAAUGAUAUUGCUUCUGAACCACCAAUACUUCACUCCCACGAAACUUCCAUUUCCCCUCCAUCGCCAAGCACUUCUUCGACAACAUCCCGGUCCAAUUCCCCAAGUCCACAGAUAAUUGUGGGCUCUACACUUGGGGCUUUCUUUGGUAUUCUAAUUUUCUCUCUCAUAUCCUUCUUCUUCUGGCAUAGGAAACGAGCAAGAAAGAACAAAACUUCGAAACAGAAUGAAUUAACCCCUUACAUGGACGUUGAGGAUCAACAUUGGGACUUUCUGGGGAAGGAAAAUCGACGAGUAACAUUGCUUUGUUGAACCCAAAUUCGAGAACCCAUACUGACAAGCUAAUAGCUCAGCAAACCAUUCGAUAUACUCGUCGAAGUAUGCGAGUUCAAGAGCAAUCAACUUCCAGAUUGGGCCCGUGCUCAGAAGAAGACACUCGCCAUCGAUACACAAUGCCAAAAUGCGAAUUACAUUUCUCCCCAUCUUGUCAAGAUUUUGGAUCUGUCGCCAGAAUAUCUCGAAAGUCCAUUCGAGCUUACAGGUGUGGGGGAGGAAACAAUGUCUGUUGAUCAAAAGGUCCAACUCAUUUUCCGAAAAGCGAGAACAUAUCAAAAUGAUGACAAAAAGUAUCAACCUGUAACUUCCUCGUUCUGA